AGCAAUACGUCUCUGGCUUUCUCGUCCAAAGUGUGCUAUAUAAAGUACCGAGAGCCUUCCAGUGUUGGUGUGGCGCAACAUCUCACUAAUACUGUUUUUAUUGACAGAGCUCUGAUAGUAGUUCCAUGUGCAGAAGAUGACUAGACUGGCCCAGCUGUUACACUACACUAGCCUGAGUCAGGCAUUGUUUUCCAAGCCACUAUCCCCGAUCGGGCCAACGCAGCCUUCAAGGGGGGAUGUGACCAGGAGAAUAGCCCGCUGAACCUUCCAAGAUGGACACCUUGUCUCUUUUUAUUUGUUUUUCUUUUGUUUUGGUUUGUUUCCUUUCAUACUAUCCCAUGUUGUCCACUUUCUACUGUCUCUAUCUAGAAACUCCAGUAUUGCUUAUCUCAAGCGUUGUUUAUAUUUGUUAUUUUGGUUUGUUGUUUUGAUUAUUGUCCAACCCCCAUCCCCUCUCUCUCUCUGCUACAGCUGCAGCUUGUUUGUGAUUGAAUUCUGUCGGGGUUGUGACAGCAUACUGGUGGGAUGUGUAUCACACGUGUGAUGCUUGAAGGAUAACUAACAUUUUACUCUUGUCUACUGUUGUCGUAUCGAGGGGGUAGUCGUUUUAAAGAGAAACCCCAGCUUUUGCUUCAUUAGGACAAAGAAUCUUAAAUUCUACUUGCACUUUCUACACAGUCACCUUUUUGUUUUGUUUUUUUCAUUUUAAGAUAGAUGAUAUGCACACACAGAAAUUAGCAUCAUUCUGUCUCUUUGUAACUUGUGAUACCAAGGUCAUAUUGCAGAACUCUGCACUUAAUUUAACCACCUUCUAGCAACAAAUCAGCAGAUUUUACUCCACAGUGGAUUGAGCAUAUUCCUAAUUCGUAAUAAUAAAAAAGAAGCUAAAUCUUGAUUAUUUCCCACAGUUCUUAAAAUUGUUGUUCUUUUUUUGUAUCUGAUGUUCUGUGUGCUAUUAGUGAUGCAGCCAUUGGGGUUGUCUUGUGUUGCACACCUUUCCAACACUACGAAACGAUCGCCCCCCACGGAAAAGCGCCCAUGCUUGAUAUCGUAUGGUUCAUGACCAAUAUGUUUCCAGUACAGGAAAGAUCCCAGAAGAGUCCAAGGCCUUGUCACUUUUGGCACCUGCUACUCCAUUGCCCACUCUGAAUCCUGGUGGAGGACUGCUGCCAAUUCCUACACCAGCUCCACUACAGAAUCUGAACCUUCCUGUUGUUAAUCGGAUUUCAGCCGGCCUGGACCCCGCAGCAGCAAUUCACUCCCAGCCUCCCCUCAUGGGGAAUGUGGAUCCAUCAAAAAUUGAUGAGAUCAGGAGGACCAUUUAUGUUGGCAACUUGAACUCGCAGACUACCACUGCAGACCAACUUUUAGAGUUUUUCAAACAAGUGGGAGACGUAAAGUUUGUCCGAAUGGCUGGAGAUGAGACUCAGCCAACACGUUUUGCGUUCGUGGAGUUUGUUGAGCAGGAUUCUGUUUCUCGAGCACUGACCUUCAACGGCGUCAUGUUUGGAGACAGACCACUGAAGGUCAAUCAUUCCAACAAUGCCAUAGUAAAACCCCCGGAGCUGACGCCACAAGCUGCUGCUAAGGAGCUGGAAAGUGUGAUGAAGAGGGUGAGGGAAGCUCAGUCAACAAUAGCAGCUGCCAUAGAACCAGUAGCGGAACCAAAGGGGCAUUCCAGUCAUUCAAGAAGGUCACGCCGGUCUCGGUCCUGCUCCCGCUCACAUUCAAGAACACAAAGGAAAAGGGCCCGUUCAAAACACAGAUCAUCACAGAGGUCGUGGCAAAGGAGUGACCCCCACAGUUCUCGAAACAGCCACAGGAGGCGCUCUCACUCCAGGGACAAGAGACACAGCCGCAGUCUCUCGAGGGGCCACCGGAGGAGGAGUAAGGAGCAGUCCAGGAGCCCUCGAAGGAAAGCCAGAUCUCCCUUACCGAGGAGGAAUAAGAAGGAGAAGAGGGAGCGCAGCAGAGACAGGAAGGAACGUUCCACAUCCAGGAAGAGGAGCCGCAGAGAUGACGACAGGAUGAAGGGCAAAUCCAAAUCAGUCAAGGAAAGGGAAUACGGUAACGAGAAGGAAGACUACGAAAGUGACUGGGACGGCUCAGGCACUCCCAGCGAGGACAUGGCGUCAUCGCCCUGCGCCCAGCACAAUGGCAGCUACAAGAUGCACCGCAGUUAGGAGGCGUGCAGGCGGCACAGAGCGACGACCACACCAUCACCAGAAAGAGACACGCCCAGUACGUCCACGUGCACCCACACACACACUGAUGGAGAAAUAAGUGCGUUUCCUGUUCUGUAAUUCACUGUGUUGCAGUGUCUCCGCUGAAAGGCCAGUGAACCCUCAGAGAGACUGUUUAAACCAGACACACGGGACAAAUAAACACCUCCUCCCAGCUCAGAUUUUAAUCUCAUUUUAUGUACAUUUUUUUAUUUGCAGCUCAUAAUAUCUUUGAGGUUUAUCGGUUAGUGACUACAUUUAAACUGAACAUAAAUGCUCCAGAAAACUGCACUCAUUGACCAGAGAAUUGGAGACGUGCCGUGUGUCCGCUGUAACACAGUCCCAGCUAACAGUCCUGUAAUAAACGUAGACAAAUGUUACAAAACUGUUUGACAGAUGUCAUCACUGUGUCAAACGGCUGCUCAGAGUCUGCGGCUGGAACCCGUGGAUUCCUGUGUGUGCACACUUAACGUCUCUGAAUACGGUUCACGUGUCUGUGCAGAUUAAGCGUCCUGUGGCUCAGCUGUCACUUCCACGAGCAGACGGCUUGGCGUGCAUUUGGAAUACUGCUAGCUGCUAACAUUAGCAUUUGUGCAUCAAAUGUCUGCAUCAACUUCCACAUUGUAGUAGUGACUGUGAUCCAGUGGACCAGCUGCUGGAUGUGAAUUCAACACCGCAAGGUUCUUGUUGCACUGCUCCCAUCUGAUUGGGUAGCUCGCUAACCACAAAACAAACAAACAAAAACCCACACAGCCACCGGGGUAUAAAAGAUGUUUGGAUUGUGAAUACACUUGGAGAUCCUUAGUGAGAUCCUGGUUUGGUCUGUUUAACCUUUUAAACCUCCAUCAGCACUCGGGUUUAACUUUUAUAUUUGUUUUGAGGUUUAGUGCAGGAACAAAGUUGAAUGUCUGUAUAGACGCCGUUUACUACGAGGCUUUUUUUCUGUCCACUUGUGUACCAUGAUGAUGAUGUCCAAAUGUAAAAAAAAAAAAAAACAUGAAACAGUUCCUUGUUGGUAAACAGCCCCGCAGACUAGAAGCCUGUUUCUGAGGUUCAUCCUGACGUGUCACCAGAUCCUAGUUCCUCCAUCUCACCUCCACUUUCUCUAAUGGUUACUUGGAUUUUUUUUUUAAAAAGGAAAUGUUUCCACUUUUCUUGUGACAUCUCAACUGUUUGUCAAUUUUAAAAUUUCAGAAUGCAGCAGCAGCCUUCUUGCUUUUUGAGCUGUUUUUAUUUUUAUUUUGAUCAGAUUUUUAUUCUUUCCCACCUCAUAAAUCCCGCCGUCUAUUUCACAGUUGAUCACAUGUUCUCAAGGGGCCAAAAUGUUUUAAUAUGUAAGAUUUUAAAUUUGAAAAACAAAAUUCCCUGCAGUUACCUGUACUGGUCACAAAUCUGGUUUUCUGGUGUUUGUAUGACACCUGCUGCAGGGAAGAUGCAGCUCUCAGGGUUCUUCUGGUGGGACUGGUAACCUUUCUGGCCUUGGUUCGGCUCUGAUGGAAAACCUCCAUAUUCUGUUUGUGUGCAGCGGGUGAAUGAGAGCAUUACGUUCUAUAUUUUGUACAAGAAAAAAAAAAAAAAGAGUACCGAGGCUGUAAAGCAGGAUUAGAGCUGAUGAGCUACGAGGCUUCUGAAGAUCUUUUCUCAGUUGUUCUCCUGUUUAGUCAGAAAACUGGGAACAUUUCUGCAAAAUGUACGGGGUUUAUUUUCUGACUUGAAAGUUUGUGUGAACUUGUUAAAAUGUUAUUAAAAUACCUGCCACUUAUCUAUUUUAAAUUG